AGAUUGAGUUCGAAUAUCCUUUCGUCACCGUUCCCAACGCUGCUGUGUUCACCACUGGCUUGUCCUGGAUCGUCGGAGGCGGAUAUGACGUCAACAUCCUGGAGGUGACAUCGGCUGGUCUGAGAGUGGAGGUCGCCGCCACGAAAAUAUUUGCUCCCGGCAUGGUGGACUUCAACUUCAUCGCUUGCGACAAGGAGAUCGAGUUUCCUCAUAGUUACUUGGACAACGAGCAUAAUAUGUAAAGGCUUUUUUAAAAAGGAGAAAUAUAGCCAAAGUAAAAUUGCAGUCAAGCACCACGAUCACCAGCAUUUCAAUUUAAAAUAAAUGAAUAAACUUAGAUCUACCCCUUCU